AUGGCUAACACGACCGACACCCACUCGUCCAACGAAAGACACCGUUCUACACCCACCCGACAUGUAGCGAUCAACGUCAAUGCUAUCAUGGAACCGUCUGCAGGGCCGCCGCGUGUGAGCGACAAUCGCCACCCGUGCCCUGGACCAGUGCCGUCGACGCAUCAGGUGCCCUACCAACCGCCAGCUACACGGCUCGGUACAACAGCGACCAACCCCCUGCUGCUCACUGAACUAUGCACCAAGCACAAGGCGAACCACCAUCCUAAAGCGCAAUACAACACAAUAACCAAACCAGGCCCUUCCCAAGGGUCAGGGGUGUAUCCAAUCACACUCUGUUUGAGGACCCGCCAGGUUUCGAGCUCCAGAUUGGUACCCCACGGCAUCCCACGCAUGGGGUGCCUAUGGCCGACCACCCCUCCACCUGAAGCAUCGGACUGCCCAGAGGUGGUCCAGUACGAAGCAACUUGGGGUCCAACCUGA